UUAUUUCAAAUUUUAAUCAGAUAACGGUAUACAUAUUGAAGGAAUUGAAUCUCUGUCACACGAGGUGGAAGGCACAUGCAUUAACCGCUGUCAACCAUAAGGCAAUAAUUAUGUUUUACAUUUCCACAAUUUGCAGGUAAAUUUCCUGGUACUCAAAAGUCAAAGGAGGAUGAGUCGGAAAACAGCAAAACUGCCGAGAACGAAGAUUCCGAUAUCGAAUUGGAGAAUUCCGACACUGAAAAGGAUUCUGCUGUCCAAGAUAAUUCCGAGGAUGAGGUGUUCAGUGAUGACGAAAGAGAAGCGGACGCGGAUGAUGAGAUGAUGGACGAGGAUGAGAUGAAAAAGUCGAAGAAAUAUGGCAUUACAUACGGCAAGAAAGUGCAGUGAGUGUCUGUGUUAAACGAUAAUGGGCUUAGGUGGCUUAGGUUUAGGGGCUUCGGUGGCCAAGUGGUUAGCGCACUUGCCUUUCACCUCUGAGGCCGCAGGUUCGAGUCUCACUAAGUACCUUCUCAGUGCGACUCGAACCCAGUCCCCAUGUGAAAAGAGCAAAAGUCAACGCUCUGCCGAAAGCCGUGGGUUUUCCCCGGGUACUCCGGUUUCCUCCCACAGGGAAAGUUGACAAGGGUGGGUUAGGUAAAAAAGGGCCCACAGUAAUUGGCAUAUGCUGUUGUGGUGACCCUGCCCUAGUUGGCAAAGCUAAAUAAAUAAAUAAAUAAUAAUGGUUAAUGAGAGUAAUUAGAGAGUGCAAGCAAACGACGUUUUUGUCAACAUGGACGUCAGAUUGCCGAGGGGGACUGGAUUAAAAACUGUGUUUGUAUCAGUUUGUCUGUUUGUGGUAAUCUUCAACACAUAUGACAAAACAUAAGAUUUUUAAAGUUUUUUGCUUCCUUACAUGAGUGCUAUGAUUCCGACAUUUCAGUAUAUCGGUAUGACUGAAAAAACCAUGCCGAUAAACCGGUAUACCGAAUAUUCUAUUAUCAUUGAUCGUGUUAUAUAUCAUCCGUCCGUUUUAGUGUGAACACAAAAUGAACUACAUACACAAGCGACAAAUUCGGUCCGACCUUUUUUUUUCGAUAUCAUUUUGCCUCCCGACCAUUGUAUCAACAAAUAAUACUUUAUGCCAAACACUACGCAAUAUAGUUAAAUGCUACCGAAUUUAACAAUUGUGGGCCGAUCAUACGCGAUCUUUGGUGAACUCAUUCUUUCAAGAAAACUAUCCGGACAAAAUGUCUGACGAAUUUAGCUUCUGGUCGGAAAAACUGUAAUUUGGUCAGAAAAUGUCCGACCGUUUUUUCAGCCUCUGGAACAAAACCAUGUCUGAUAUUUCCACUUCGUCUAAUACCGUAUUUUCAAUACACUGAUGGAUAUGCGUGCGUAGUACGUCUUCACGGAUGAUUCGUCGGGAGUAGACAAAAAAUUCGUCUUAACAAGAUGGUCCCUAUUUGUACAAUCUAUCUUUUCUUCACACACGAUCUGAAAACAGCUCGCCUUAAACAAAGCCUGUAUACAAAACAUCAAUAUGCAUUGUUUUUUUUUAGUUCCAUUUUCAACAAAGAUAAUUUCGUGGAUGAAGAAGCAGAGCUUUCCGGAAGUGACGCAAGCUCGGAUGAAGAGGAGGGGUCUGGAGACGAUGAACUCGAAGAAGAAUCGGAUUGCGAAGAUCUUCCGUCUGAUGAAGAACUACAACGACAAGUUAACAAAGUUCAUCUGUAAGUACCUGGAAACCAGUCGUAGGAUUAGGACCAUUUGGGAGAACCAGGGAUGGAAAAAGUAUUGCAGCACGGAUUGUUCCCAGACAAUUUUUUUGAGUUCCCAGAAAAUAUUUCCCCAAGAAAGAAAGAAAAGAUAGUUCUAAUAAUUUAGUUAAAAAGGAGAAAUUCAGAGGAAAAAUUCUAACCAAUAGAAAGAAUGUUAGCUGUACUGUAGAUAUGAGCUCAGAAAUGCAAGUGUAAGUGAAUCUAUUUUAAUAGUGUGAGUGUGUAUAAAUGUAUCAGACUAUAAAAUGAUGUAUCAAAUUUUAUGGCAAAUGUAUUUUUAGCCAAUCCGGUACACUUGAGAAUGGAUCCCCCUGAUAGUGCCCCCUAGUAGUACCCUGUUUUGGCAUUUGUACCCUGUUUUGGCAUUAGGAUCAGAUCCUUGAUGCUUGUCAUCUAAAUUAGUUUUACGUUAUAUUAAUUUAUUAUUAUUAUGUUAUAUUAUUGUUACAUUAUUUAUUAUGUUAUUCCAAAAAGUAUUCUUAAGAUUCUCAAUGCACGGAGUGUCGGUUUAAUGGAUUAUUUGCAGAAAAAUUUCAAUGUUCCCUUGCGGUUCCGGAAAGUAAAAUGUUUUUUCCACCCCUGGGGAGAACAGUUUAGGACUGAUAGAUUUAUCCAGUGUAAGUAAAAUGAGUUGAGUAUAUCCGGUAAUAAGACCUGAUGUUUUGGUCGACCCGAAGAUUGUUCAGGUUUAAAUUUUCACCCCCGACUAAAUAGGCAAGAUAUUCUCUCAAAACGAAGUGUGUCACAAUAUUUGUUAUCACACUGUGUACAGGAAAUCGGUGAUAGAUGAAGACAAACGGGAAUUACGCGAGCUCAAAGAAAGAUAUCUGGAAGACGGCGAUCUUUACUCCGAGGGCGGAGGUCGUGCGAGGAACUUCAAGUGGCAAGGUCUAGAGGAUUCACAACUUGAUAAUAAACUACUGUGGGGCGAUGAUGAGAUCGUCGACAGUGCGUUGUUGUCGGAAGCUGAACUCGAGAGAAGAAAAAUGAAACAUGAGAGGGAUCAGUUUUUACAAGAACAGGUAAUAUACUCGGGAAUAUAGGGCUUACUAUAUCACCAUGACGAUUAUUAUCAUAAUUAUCACCACUACCAUCAUCAUGAAUGAAUGUUUAUAAUCUUUUUUGCAAAUAGCUAAUCUGCUGCAGGAGCAAUCUCUCACAACAGUGAUUUUCAGAGAAGUCCUGGUAAAGUUUCCUUGUCACUAUUACCAACAAUUAAAACCAGUAUUCUUGUUUACAGUUGUCUCGUGAAGGUGACUCGCAACCAGCAGAUGUUGAUGAAAACAGCCAAAAUAUCUUAAAUCUCAUAAAAGACACGAGCAAUGCAGCGGCAGGUUAGUAGGAUGGAGUUCGUUGACGUGCAGUAAUGCGUAAACAAUGAAUGCAAGCUUGUUCGGUUUUUGUUAUGAAAUGUAAUUGCGUUUUGUGCAACCCUUUACUUCAUUAGAUGGAAUCACAGAAAAAUCCGAAAUGCCUGCUCCUAAAAGACAGGAUUCGACGUCAACAAAACUAUCUCAGGUAUACGCUAUAAAUUUUGCCAUUAGAUACUGCCUUGAGCGUGUUAGGUAAGAUACCUAAUAUAAAACUCCUCUCUUUGACAUAUCUCACAUCUUGUAGUAAUGGCCAGCAAUUCUGCCAACAAGCCGUCAACAAGUUGUAUUCGCACUGUUUGUAACAAACUUAGUUGUUGAUAUUAUCAGACUUGUUUCAAGUCAAUAAGUUCGAUACAGUCGUGAUAUAAGAAUAUUGUUACAACCUUGUGUCGUCAACCUUGUAACAUUCUUGUUACAUCAUGACUGUCUAGACUCGUCGGAUCAGCCUGGUAACAAGUCUUAUAAUGCCAUCAAGCUUGUUACAAGUUGUCAAUUAACAGCUUGUUCCAAACUUGUUACAACAAUAAGCAGUGCGAACACAACUUGCGAACAGAUUUGUAACAACUUGUUUGCAGACCUGUAACAACUUGUACGUUUUUACGUGUGCAGAAUUGACACACUGUGUUAUGGCCAAAAAUUUGUUGAAAAGUAUCUUCAGUUGUUAUUUUAUCGUACAUGUAGAAACGAGGGUCAUUCUUAAACCGAAGUAAAGAUCAGAUGUCGCGACUAUCUUCCAUCACCGCGAUGAAAAAAACAAUUAAUUCAACACGAGGAUUUGUUUUUCACGCUAUAUCUCCAAGCAGCAAAGCGAAAGAAAACUCCGGCCAGGUAAUAUUGCGAUGAGGUUCUGAAUGGGUUAACAUACUACUUACAUUUGCUGGUAGUUCUUCACUGAUAACCGACAAAAUAUUUCAACUGAUAGGUGACAAACGACAGAACAGUAAUGUUUUGACAUCUUACAAAAUAUCUUAGCUGAUAGCUGACAAAUGAUGAAACAGUAAUUUGGAACGGACAUCUUAGAAAAUAUCUUAACGACCUUAACCGAUAGCUGACAAAUGACGGAACUAGUAAUUUGGAAUUGACAUCUUACAAAAUAUCGUAGCUGAUAGCUGAUAAACGAUAGAACAGCAUUGUUUUUGACAUCUUACAAAAUAUGUUAACGACCUUAACCGAUAGCUAACGGAACUAGUAAUUUGGAACUGACAUCUUACAAAAUAUCUUAACUGAUCUGAUAGCUGACAAACGAUAGAACAGCAUUGUUUUUGAUAUCUUACAAAAGAUCUUAACGACCUUAGCUGAUAGCUGACAAAUGAUGGAACCAGUAAUUUGGAACGGACAUCUUACAAAAUAUCUGAGCUGAUAAACGAUGGAACAGCAUUGUUUUUGACAUCUUACAAAAUAUGUUAACGACCUUAACUGAUAGUUGACAAAUGACGGAACAGUAAUGAUAUCUAUGUUUGGAACGGACAUCUUACAAAAUAUCUGAGCUGAUAACUGACAAACGAUGGAACAGCAUUGUUUUAGAUAUCUUACAAAAUAUCUUAUCACUGACUGAUUACUGACAUCCAAAGGCUUCAGUGUAUUUUUUAUUAAAACAUUCUUUUUUUCUAUAGAAACUACAACGCUCCGUGUCGUUAUCAGAACCACCGAAUCCAAAGAGACCUCGUCUGGACAGAAGCAUGAGUAAUAGUAUCGCUACAGGAAGUCUUUUUGCAGCGAUGCCAGUGUGACAUUCUUCACUGUUUCGUCUCUAAUCAUGGCAGAAACCAAUUAAUGCACUUAAUUUUACAAUAUUGAAAUUAAUACACAGACUUUGUUACUUGUAAAUAACAACUAAAAUGUGAUUUCGUUUCACAAUGAAUGAACAAAAAAGAUGACUGCAAUACAGUGUAACUGUUAGUUCUCAGCAAAUGAAUGCAAAGGUUGUUAACUUAUAUAUAUAUAUAUUUAAAUUUGGAUGCACAGUUUGUAUUGAAAUAUUGUAAACUUGUUCAAAUUUCUCUGGAUUUUUUUAUAUUUUUAAAUGUAAUAUUGCUAUUAAAUUAUCGAGUCCAAGAUGUCUAUGACUUACUGACAUGUAUUAUUAUUAUUAUUUACAAUGAUUAAAGGAUGCCGGGGCACAUUAAUAAACAGAAUGCUGAAAUAACAAAAUAGGUUUUAAUGAUAAACUGUUUUCAUUUUUUUUUUACAAAAUUUACAAAAAGGGUCAUGUAUUAUCACUGACAUAGUGAUAUAUAGAUACAAGUGUAUCUGACAUAUUUAUAAUAUACCUAAAUAAAUAUUUAUACAUAUAUUCAUAUUACAUUCAAAUAAAUUAUUUAUAUUGGAGUUAUGAACCAAUACAUGACAAACAGUAGGAUUUUUCCACACGAUCAUCGUAACU